AUGUCGGCAACAUCACGACCACUCACCACCCAGCCCCUCCUGCGCCACGCCUCUCCCAGCCCAGCCCCUUCCUUCGCCAAGCAGUCGUCACCACCCUAUCCCGUGCAUGACCUCGAGGAUGGAGAUGGUGCAGAGUAUAGCUCGGACGAAGACGACGACAUAGUACCCCGACGACGACCGACUUUUUGGCAACGUCUGAGAAUGAGCAUCCGGAGACGGAAUGGAAAGCCCUGCGCCAAUGAUGACUUUGGCCUCGUGCGAUUACCAGACGAAAAGAAGCAGCCCCCCAGAUACCGAUUCCAAAAGAAGCAUGCUGUCAGAGCCUUUGCUGUCAUCCCGCUAUUGGUAAUCAUCUUCUUUGGCGUCCUUCACAUCGUCAAUGUGCUACUAGGAUAUAUUCCCGUGUUCCUCGACGACCAUGCACUACCGGGCUUGGAUUGGAAUCAAUACAACGAGGCACAACGAUUGGAUAUUACACGUGACGUAACGCCUGUACCAUGUCAUUCACACAACGACUACUGGCGCCGAGUCCCACUCUACGACGCCCUCCAUUGGGGCUGCACUGGCGUCGAAGCCGACGUCUGGCUCUUCGACGAUGAACUGUUUGUUGGCCACAAUACCAACGCCCUCACACAGAACAACACCUUCCGAUCCAUGUAUGUCGAUCCUCUGACGAAGAUGCUCGACCACAAGAACAACGUAAGCGACUUUGCAACUGCAUCCACGACCAAGAACGGCGUCUUCGACACCGAACCCUCGCAAACUCUCGUCCUCCUUGUCGACUUCAAAAACGACGGCCACGCCAUCUUCCCCGUAGUAUCCAACCACCUCUCCGCCCUCCGCGAAAAAGGCUAUCUAUCCUACUACAACGGCACGUCUGUCAUCUCGGGCGCCAUCACCGUCGUCGCCACUGGCAACGCCCCCUUCGACCUCAUCACCGCAAACUCCACCUACCGCGACAUCUUCUUCGACGCACCCCUCGACAAACUAAACAACACAUCUUCCUCUUCCGACACCAUUACCCCCGACGGCCAAGGCACCGUCGGCACAACCCCAAACUCCCACUUUGACAGCACAAACUCGUACUACGCCUCUGUAAACUGGGGCUCCACAGUCGGUUGGCUCUGGUUCGGCCGCUUGUCUUCGGCCCAACUCGCCAAAAUCCGCGAUCAGAUCCGCACCGCUGAGGAGCGCGGCCUCAAAUCUCGCUACUGGAGCGCUCCCAAGUGGCCCAUUGGCCUGCGCAAUCGGGUCUGGAGGAUCCUCGUUGAGGAAGGCGUUGGGUACCUCAACGGCGAUGAUUUAAAGGGAAUGACCGAGUUGGAUUGGAGUGUUAAGAAGCAUUGGGGUGUUAUGUGA